AUGGAACGACACCAUGAUCGAACUGGGCAACCUAAAGCUCACGCGAUCAAUCCCCGGUCGCUAGAAAUAUUUCGGCAAAUCCAGCUCGACACAACCCAGCUUCGAAACUCAGGCGUGCCACCAGAAUAUGGCGGUAAGGUUCGGUUCGUGGUCUCGAUGGUAGGAAAGGAGCAUGGGACACUUCCUUAUGGGCUUCAAGGCUCAGAGACACUCGAAAUCACCCCUGAGCCCCUUUUCAAUAUCCCUCAACCUACUCUGGAAGACUUUCUUUGGAGUGCAGUGGAACACGAGGAAAAUAUCGAUUUCUACCGUGGACUUCAGUGGGAGGACUGUUCCCAAGUUGAAGAACAUAUCAUCUCAUCCAAUAUCCAGGAUAGAAAUACAGGUGAAUUGAAGGUCAUUCAAAGUGGAUAUAUUCUUGAUUGUGGUGGUGCGAACUCACGGGCACGAGAAAAGCUCGACAUACCCUUCACAUCAUUACCUCAGUAUGUCCAGAAUGAAGUCCAUUGUCUCUCUGUACACUUCAAUGCAGAUUUGACUCACUUAAAUCCGGAAAUGCUGUGGUGGGUCUCAUCGCCAAAGGCGGACGGCACACUGUCCACAUGGCCACGUACCGCUGAGUUCUAUCAAUCCAACCGGUUUCCAAGGGGUUUCGUGGUAGGUGAUUCUGCACAUGCAUUCCCACCGACAGGUGGCCUUGGUGUAAAUACCGGGAUCGCAGACGCACAGAACCUCGCCUGGAAGAUCGCCGCCUGGGCCAAGGAAGCAAUUCUCUCCACUUACGGGAAGGAAAGGCGACCUAUCGCGAUUGCGAAUGCGCACCAGAGUGUGAAAAACCAAGUUAAAUUACGGGACCUGAAGGCAGCUUUGCGAGAUCCUCCAGUGGAUGAUACCUUGAUUGAUUGGGAUGAAUGGAAGAACAAGCUUGAUCAGGAGCUUCGCGCCAAUACCGAACACUUCGACUCGAUCGGCCUACAAAUUGGGUAUGUGUACGGAGAGGAGAUUCCGGAUGAGCCCUGUGAUGUUUACUUGCCGAGUCGAAAGCCCGGGGCUAGACUACCUCACGCUUGGGUGUUGAAAAGGAGUCAGAAGAUGUCCACGUUGGGACUGAUAUAUGGAAUGCGCUUUGUUCUCUUCACUUCAGCUGAUGAUUCUUCAACCCUGAACGCGGCAAACAGCAGUGAAAAUCUACCGGCUCCCCUGAUAUCGUGGGACUCUCUGAGCCUGGUUCGGGGCUUCUUGUUCGACCAGAUCACCACAUACUGGGAAUCGUGA